AUGGCGGCCUCCAUGGGUUUUUCAAGGGCAAAAGAGGUCUUCGGCAAGGUGGCUACUUCGGAUAGUAAUUUCAAUUUUCACCCCAAGUGUGCUCAAUUGAAGAUCACACACUUGACUUUUGCGGAUGACUUCAUGUUAUUUGCUAGAGGGGAUGUCAUGUCUUUGGAUAUUUUAUUGAAUUGCCUUUCGAUUUUUGGAGGCAUGUUGGGAUUGAAUAUAAAUGUUGGGAAAUCUUGCAUCUACACCAUGGGUAUUCAUGGUAAAGAUUUGGAGGAUAUUCUAGCUCUCACAAAUCUCCCCAUUGGCUCCAUGCCGUUUAGGUACUUGGACAUCCCACUUGCGGUGGAAAAAUUGAAAGUCGGUUCUUAUGAUGUAGGACUGAGUUUGUGCGAGCCGUGCUUCAAGGUGUGGAAUGUUUUUGGCUUUCUAUACUCCCUAUCCCGGCUACGAAUGAAGAAACAAGACUCCCCUCUCAUUAAGAAGCUGGUUGACAUCCGGGACAGCAUUAUUGCUGCCCAAAGUGAUGGGAUUUUAGCAUUGGACAGAUUGUGUAGCUGGACAGUUUCUGGAAAUUUUCCACUUCAGCAGCUUAUGACUACUUCAGACCGAAGGGGGGACUUCUUCUCUAGUCCAGAACGGUUUGGGAUGGUUCCAUCACUCCCAAACACGCAUUUAUUUUAUGGUUAG